AUGAACCCGUCAAACAGCUACAUCACAUCAGAGAAUGCUCGCCCCCCACGAUAUUGGACCCAUGAGCGUCCAGAGCACCCAAUAACAUACACUUUUACCAACUGGAGUUCGAAAACAAUGUUGUUGAUACCUCCGGCCGACACAGGGAGAACGUCUGGAUCUGAGCCCCUACCAUCAUAUACCAUCUCGGUAUCGCUGAACCUCAACCCAUUUCUCCCAAUAUCGUACGUGACAAGUGUUCAUAGAGUAGGGUCGGAAGACAACGUGUUUUUGGGUGAAUUCGAGUUAGCCAUGAACCAUUCUCGGGAAAUACUGAUGAUGGGAGGUUUCAGUACGCGCAUAUCAAACGUACUUUCCAAUAUACAAUCUUCACCGCGACACUGGUGGUGGGGUUUCGGUAGCGUAUGUCUUCGUUGGGAUUGUCGAACGGUGCUUGAAGAUGGGUCAUUUAUGUGCAUUUGCUACGCCGCGGAUGAAUCGAGGAGUCAACUUGCAACAUUUAUCCCUCCACCAAUUGCAUCAUCUCCGCCUCUUCCAGACCCGGUACUGACUGUGUUUCCGGAUGGGCAUCAGUGCUUUGACCAUAUAUUGAUAUCCGCUUUGAUCAUCGAGAGAAAGAUGACGAUGAGCUGA